AUGGAAUCUGAAUCAUCCUCCUUACAAUGGCCACAACCUUGCCGACACUUUAAAUUCCCUGAAAUCCGAUUAGCAACCAGAAACUUCGAUGAAUCACUAGUUAUUGGGCAUGGGGGAUUCGGAAAAGUUUACAAAGCUACCAUCCACAAUGGAUCAAGUCUUGUUGUUGCUGCCAUUAAACGACUGGAUUCCAAGUCCGAUCAAGGAGCCGAUGAGUUUUGGGCCGAAGUGAAGAUGCUUUCCAAGUUACGCCAUUGUCACUUAGUAUCUUUGAUUGGUUAUUGCGAUGAUGGGAAAGAAAUGAUCCUUAUCUACGAAUAUAUGCCUCAUGGAUCACUUGAAGAUCAUCUCCACAAACAUUCUACUCAUCUUUCAUGGCUUCAGAGGCUCAAACUCUGCAUCGGUGCAGCUCGCGGGUUAGAUUACCUCCACACGGGUACAGGCAUCGAGUUUGGAGUCAUUCAUCGUGAUGUGAAGAGUGCAAAUAUUUUGUUGCAUGAAAGUUGGGCUGCUAAAAUAGCGGACUUUGGGCUGUCCAAGAUAGGCCCAAAGGAUCAGCCUUUGAGUCAUGUGUUGACUCUUGUGAAAGGAACUUUCGGGUAUCUGGAUCCAGAUUACUUCUUAACUGGAAGGUUGACUAGAAAGUCCGAUGUUUAUGCUUUUGGGGUGGUUUUGUUUGAAGUGUUGUGUCGGAAACGUGCAUUGGAUGUAAGUCGUGAUAAGGAGGAGCAUCACAGUUUAGCAAGAUGGGUAGAAGAUUGUAUCAAAGAAGGCACUUUGAAGCAUUUGAUUGAUUCUGAUAUAAGGGAUCAAAUAUUACCAAAAUGUUUGAAGGGGUUUGUUCGUAUUGCAGAGCGUUGUUUGCAUAGCAGUAGAAAUCAUCGUCCUACAAUGGCUGAAGUUGUGGUUACUCUUGAGUCUGUUUUGGCCUUACAAGAGAAAAACGAUAAUUCAUUGCAAUCGGGGAGUAGAACAAUACUUGGUAGAAUGGUUGAUAUGUUACCAUUUGCAUAUAACGCAGAGAAUUCAGGUUGGGUUGACAAGAACACUUUUGGCCCUUCAACCCCUGGUGUUGAAAUUGUUGUUGCUGUUAAAAAAACACGCCAAGAAAGCUUUCAAGGACAUGAUGAAUGGUUGGGAUCAAGAGCAGUAGAUUGUUUCACAGAAUAUGGUGAAUGGAGUAGGUAUAAACUAGAGGAGGUGAUAGGCACAGGAAGCUCAGGUGUUGUGUGUUCAGCAUUUGAUACUUUUGUUGGAGAAAAAGUAGCUAUAAAAAAGAUAAACGACAUUUUUGAACAGGGCUUUGUUGCCACUCGCAUCCUUCGUGAGAUUCUGCUUCUUAGGCUCCUUCGACAUCCAGACAUUGUGGAAAUAAAACACAUCUUAUUGCCUCCUUCCAGAAGAGAAUUCAGUGAUAUAUAUGUUGUGUUUGAGCUUAUGGAAUCCGAUUUACAUCAGGUUAUCAAAACAAAUGAAAAGUUAACACCAGAACAAUGUCGUUUCUUUCUCUAUCAGCUUCUUCGAGGAUUGAAAUACAUGCACUCAGCAAAUGUGUUUCAUAGAGAUCUAAAACCUAAAAAUAUUUUGGUCAAUGCUGAUUGCAAGGUCAAGAUAUGUGACUUUGGUAUUGCAAGAGUUGUCUUCAAUGAUACACCUACUGCAGUAUGCUGGACAGAUUAUGUUGCAACAAGAUGGUAUAGGGCUCCUGAGUUGUGUGGAUCUUUUUUCUCUAAGUACACACAGGCUAUAGACACAUGGAGCAUCGGUUGUAUUUUUGCAGAACUUUUAACUGGAAAGCCUCUCUUCCCUGGGAAAAGUGUGUUUCAUCAGUUGGAUCUGAUGACUGAUCUUUUGGGAACACCAUCAACCGAAGCUAUAUCCAGAAUACGACAUGAGAAGGCGAUGAAAUACUUAAGCAAAAUGAGGAAGAAAAAGCCGAUUCCCUUCUCCAGAAAGUUUCCAAAUGCAGAUCCACUUGCUCUUCGAUUAUUAGAAAGAAUGCUUGCUUUUGAUCCUAACAAUCGUCCUACUGCUGAAGAGGCUCUUUCGGAUCCAUAUUUUAAGAAUUUGGGUAAAGUUGAGAGGGAGUCUUCUUCUCGACCUAUCGCAAAGAGGGAAUUCGAGUUUGAAAAAAGAAGACUUAGUACAGAGGAUAUACGCGAACGUAUCUACAAGGAGAUUCUUGAAUAUCAUCCCAAUAUGUUGAAGGAUGGAAGCGAACAACCAGGCUUCAUGUAUCCAAGUGCUUUUGACAAAUUCAAGAAGCAAUUUUCUGAUAAGGAGGAGCAUUACAGCAAGGGUAAAGUUGCUGCUCCCCUAUUGAGACGCCAGUCCUUAUCUUUGCCAAGGGCUUCCAUUUUAUACCCAAAAGAGACUACACAAACUAGUUCAAUCAAAGAAUCCAGGACACAAUGCAUGACUUCUGAGAUGCCAAAUUCAAUACCACUUCUACAAUUUCCUCAAGUCGAACGCCUCAACAAAGCUGCCAUUCUCUUGCGAUUGCUUGAUUCUGAAGCUCAGAAUUGUCGUUAUAAAGAUUUUCUCAAGGCCAUGGAGGAUUCCAUUACACAGUUCUGUGAUGGUGUAGCUCGAUUCUGCAACCACCUUGAAUCCAGCUCAGCCGCCCUCCUCCAAUCUGUCAACCGCCGCUCAAUCCCUUUUGAUUCUGCUUCAUUGUCAUUUGUGCAAUGUCUGAACCGAAGAGUAUCAACUGCCACCAGUGACCUCAACCUUCUUGAGUCCAUGUCCUUUGACACUGUCUCAUUUGAGGAGUUGCUUGGACACUGCAAUGAGGUUUACAAAAACAAUCAAAAUCAAAUUCUUCAACUUGAGGAUCACCUUUCUGCUUUUGGAUAUGUUCCUGAAGUGGAGAUUGAUGAACCAGAAGAUGACUUCAUAGAGUCACAACCAAAUACUAGUUUGGAUUUCAAGAACACCAUGGAAGAUGAUUCUUUAUUCGAAGAUACACUGAGUUUGCAGAAUCUUGGGAUUUCAAAUGCUUCUCUUGCCACUAUUGUAUCUGAAGGUAAAAACAAGAUUGACAUGAAUGGAUUGUAUGAGCCAGCAAUGGAUACCCCAGAAGUAGAAAAAGAUGAACAAAAUGAGUUGAAGCCAUUUGAAGAUUCAAAAUCUUUAAUUUGUGUGGGUAAAGUUGUUUAUGAAAGUCUUCCUUCAUAUAUGAAAAGUUUAGCAUCAUGGGAGGAUUUGAUUCAUGCUGUUGAGAAGAUGAACUUAAGUCUGGAAACCAAGAAUGGAAAUUUUUUCACUCAAGAUGAAGUUUCAUUACUGGAGUUAGGGCAUAAAACAAGAUCGUAUUUGUUGUUAUUGGUGAAGAUGAAUUGCAUAGUUGUGGAGACCAUUGAUGGGUUGAUUUCUUAUAGAGUGUUGUAGGCACUACUCACUACUCAAGAGGGAGAAUUAUAAAUAAUUUGUGUGUUGAAGAGUUGCUAUAAAUGAAUAAUACUUGUGACAUUUUGAGUGUGUGUGUGUGUGUGUGUGAGAGAGAGAGAGAGAGAGAGAGAGAGAGAGAGAGAGAAAGAGAGAGUACAUGCUAAGAAGGUGAAAGCC